AUGUUAACACAGGAACAAAUUCAGAGUUUUGAGAAGAACGGUUAUCUCGUUGUCAAACAAUUAGUCACUCGCGAUGAUUGUGCGAAAUUGAAGGAAUCAGUGGAAAACUUAAUUGAUGCAUGGGAUCCCCAAAGUGAUACUUUGUGUACAUUUGGCACUGGCGAAAAUAGAGAACAAUCGAGAAGUCGAUAUUUUCUGGAAAGUGGAGAUAGAAUUUCGUUUUUUCUGGAAGAGAACGCCGUUGACCCAGAAACAAAUAAACUGAAUCGCGAUAAACAUCACAGUGUGAAUAAAAUUGGCCAUGCUCUUCAUGUACUCGAACCUCAAUUCAAAAAAGUCUCAUUUUCGGACAAAAUCAAAGAAAUUGUACGCGAUUUAAACUAUGUUAAACCAGCAAUUUGCCAAUCGAUGUAUAUCUUCAAACAACCGUAUAUCGGAGCAAAAGUCGUUCCUCACCAGGAUGGUACAUUUCUUUUCAAUAAUCCACUGAAAAUUAUGGGCGUAUGGAUUGCUCUCGAAGAUGCGACCCUUAAAAACGGUUGUCUUUGGUUCAUACCUGGCUCUCAUAAAGGACCGAUCAAUCGACGUUACAUUCGAACUGAAGAUCAGUAUGAUGAUAAAGAUUUUGUUCCGGUAGAAAUUGAAGCUGGUGAUGGCAUUCUUAUUCAUGGACAAGUUGUGCAUAAAAGCGAACAGAAUACAUCACCGAUUUCGAGACAAAUUUAUACUUUUCAUAUCAUUGAAACGGAUAAUUCAGAAUAUAGCAAAGAAAACUGGCUUCAAACAAAAGAACCAUUUCCAUUGAUUUAUGAUGCAUAG